AUGUCGUCUGCCUCCCAAGGUGAUUUAUCCUCCUCUACUCCCACUCCCGCCACCUCAACCUCGUCGCCGGGUACCGAUCCUCCUCACUCCGAGUCGAAAGGCAAUAAGAGCUCGAACGACGCUCACUCCCAUCAAUCCGCCGCCUCCUACUUCUCAUACCCUGUCACACACGUUGUCUCGGGCCUUUACCGUCGUCUAACCGACCCCCCAACAAGCAACAACGGCAAUAUGAUGUCCCGUCUGCGUCGCAACAACGCCGACCCCUCCUCUUCAUCCUCCUCCAUCUCCUCCACCUCCCAGUAUCCAGUCUUCACACCCGUCCGCACGGUGUCCCCCUUUCAGCCACCGCCCCUGACUCCUUUAACGCUUCUCGCAAACGAAGAAAGCACGGCAAUCCCCCUCGCCCCCCAGAACCAACUCCUCUCACGCGCCCUCGCUGAAGAAAUCCGUCUCCUUGUCCCGCCUCGCCUUCAACUAGUUGACACCUGGCGUCUCGCAUAUAGCCUCGAUCGCGAUGGUGCUUCCCUCUCGACACUCUACGACAAUUGCCGUGAGGUCUCAUCCCGCAGCCCGAGGGCCGGCUACGUCCUCGUCAUCCGCGAUGCGUCCCCCUCAGCAUCAACGGUCUUCGGCGCCUACAUGACGGACCCCCCACACCCAGAUGCACAUUAUUUCGGCACGGGCGAAUGCUUUCUAUGGAGAGCCAGUGUUCUCCCUCCGCCACCCUCACUACUCAAUUCCGACGGAGAUGGGGGCAUAUACUCCGAGGAGGCACUUGAAAAGGCAGGCUUUCCCCCACCACCAAGCGCGGAUACAACAAACGUCGGUCGAUCAACGACACUAAGAGGUGAAAAACUACAGUCGAAAUCGCUUUCUCCGCAUAUGCACGCCCUGGCACAGUCUCGCCCUACAAAUAGCGGAACUACUACCCCCGACAGAAUCCGCUUCAAGGCGUUCCCUUAUAGCGGCGUAAAUGAUUACAUGAUGUUUUGCGAAACGGGAUUUCUCAGUCUAGGUGGAGGGGACGGACACUAUGGCCUUUGGCUCGACUCCAUUCUCGAAAAAGGUGUCAGCGCCUCAUGCCAGACAUUCGGGAACGAACCACUCUCUGACGAGGGUGUCAAAUUCGAUGUUCUGGGUGUCGAGGUUUGGUAUGUUGGGUCCUAG